AUGAAUACUUUGGCCAUUUUGCUUGUUGUUGCUACCUUCUCUGCCAUAAACGCUGUUAAUACAUACAAAGAUUGUGGAUCAACGUCAGGUCGAAUAACUAGGAUAACGGUAAACCCAUGUCCACAGGAGCCAUGCGUCUUGAUCCGGGGGACGAAUGUGUCAGUAGAGGUUGAAUUUACGUCAAAUGUGCCAACAAAUAAUGUCACAACGUCUGUUCACGGAAUCAUUGGUGCAAUUCCUGUACCAUUCAUGACAUCAAAUAGUUGCGCAAAUAAUAAUGUGGUCUGUCCAAUUACCGCCAAUUCCAACAAUAUCUACAGAAACUACAUCCCUGUACUAAAACUUUACCCUUCACUAACACUCAUUGUAAAAUGGGAGUUAAAGGAUGAUCAAGGAAACGAUUUGGUUUGUUUCGUUCUGCCUGCAAGUAUAGCCGACUCCUACCCAGGAGUCGGCCGGGGCACCCAUAUAUAUAUAGACGAUGGAGGCGACUUGAGGACUAUAUCCUACGCAGCUGACACCAACAAUAUGUCUCUCACAGUACUAACUUGUACGGUCAUUGCCGUUACCGUCUUGGCCAUCUGUACCGCAAAACCAAUCAACUUUAAAACGUGUGAAAAUGCCCCGAAAACUAUUGACAGUGUAGACAUCAGCCCGUGUUCUAAACAGCCAUGCGAAUUCAAGCACGGAAUGAACGUCACGGUCACGGUCAACUUUACAGCACCUGCCGUCUCUUCAAAGCUUACAUCAGAAAUAUAUGGAAUAGUGGCGGGAAUACCAAUCAAAUUUGCAAUGCCGAACUCAAACGGAUGUUUAAAGUCCGGCCUACAGUGUCCCAUCAAUAGCUCAACAAAAUAUUCCUACGUCCAGUUCUUCGCCGUCAUUCCUACAUAUCCACUGAUUAGUUUAAACGUACAGUGGGAUUUAAAGGAUGAAAACGGGAAAUAUGAAUUCUGUUUCGUGUUCCCGAUGAUGAUCGUGAGCUAACCCGAUAUUGCCAGUGCCUUCUAACAUCGUACAUGUCGCACGACAAAGCCACUCGUGCACCCGUUAUCGACUCUGAAUACGUCUAUUUUCAUCCUUGUAUUUGUCUUCAUUAAAUAUUUUCCUAUUUAA